AAGGGGAAGGGGAAGGAGAAAGUAGGUGGAAAGUCAACGGGGCCAUUUAGCAGAUUUUUUGCUCCAAGAACAAGUCCUGGCUCUCAACCUUCUAUUAAGAGUGCUAUGUGUUCAAAGGAAAUGAUUGACAAAGCAAAAAUGGCUAUAGCAAAUUGGUGGUAUGAUGCUAAUUUACCUUUCAAUGCAUCUCAAUCUAAAUUUUAUCAACCAGCUAUAGAUGCUAUAGCUGCCAUCGGGCCAGGAUUCAAGGGUCCUUCUUUACAUGAGUUGAGAGGAAAUUUGUUGAAGAAUUCUGUGACUGAGGUUCAGAAUUAUCUCUUAGAUAUUAAAACAUCUUGGAGGGAUAGUGGUUGUUCACUAAUGGCAGAUGGUUGGACAAAUCAGAGGCAACAACCAAUAAUUAACUUUUUGGUUUAUUGCCCAAAAGGUACAAUGUUUUUGAAGUCUAUUGAUACAUCGGGCCUUAGAAAAGAUGCUGAAACAUUAUUUAAAAUUUUUGAUGAAGUUGUUCAAGAAGUUGGGGUGGAGAAUAUUGUGCAAUUCAUAACAGACAAUGAUGCGAGUUAUAAGGCUGCAGGAAAAAAGUUACAGCAAAAGUAUGGCUCUUUCUUUUGGUCCCCUUGUGCAGCUCAUUGUAUAGAUUUGAUGUUAGAGAAUUUUUGUGAUCCCAGACAUUUUCCUAUUAUUGAUGAAACUAUAAAGAAGGCAAGGAAGAUAACGAAAUUCAUUUAUAACCAUGCUUGGGUUUUGGCUUUGAUGAGAAAGGACUUCACCAAAGGUCAUGAUUUAUGUCGCCCUGCAGUCACAAGGUUUGCUACAAAUUUUUUAAGUAUCCAAUGCUUAUUGUUGUUUAAGAAAGAGCUUCGACAAAUGUUCACUUGUGAUAAGUGGAUUGUAUCAAGUUACUCUAAAAGCAACAUAGGGAAGGAGAUAGCUGAGAUUGUUCUAGAAGAUAGAGAGUUUUGGGCUCAAUGUCAGUUUAUUGUAACAAUCAGCGAGCCUUUGGUUCGAGUACUACGACUUGUCGAUGGGGAUGAGAAGCCUGCAAUGGGAUACUUGUACAAUGCAAUGGAGAAAGCCAAAGAGAAUAUAAAAGCAAGAUUGAAGAACAAAGUUUCUGCAUUUAUGCCAUUCAUCAGGGUCAUUGAUGCUAGGUGGGAUAAGCAGCUUCACAGUCCAUUACAUGCAGCAGGUUGUCUUCUUAAUCCUGGAAUUUACUUUAACCCUUGCUUUAAAAGUAGAAAUGAUGUUUCUAGAGGGUUUACGACUUGCGUUGUAAAGAUGGAACCUGAUAUUGAUAAGCAAGAUGAGAUCAUUCAACAAAUUGACAUGUAUAAGAAUGCAAACGGUGAUUUUGGACAACCUAUAGCAAUACGCCAGCGUGAAAAAAGUAAUCCAGUUGCAUGGUGGGGUACUUUUGGAAAUGAGUUUCCAGCUCUUCAAACGUUUGCAAUCCGCAUAUUAAGUCAAUGUUGUAGUGCAACUGGCUGUGAAAGAAAUUGGAGUACAUUUGAAUUUAUUCAUUCAAAGAAGAGGAAUAGAUUAGAGCAUAAACGUUUGAAUGAUUUAGUAUUUGUUCGUUAUAACUUGAAGCUCCGUGAGAGGUAAACUUUUUCAAAAAUAAUGUUUUUAAUUGUUGAAAAAUAUGUAAUAUUUUCCCUUACGUGUGACUUUUAUUUUGGCAGAAACAUAAAGAGAGGAAGAGAUGCUUUGGAUCCAAUCAAUCUUGAAAAUAUUGACUUGAUGGAGGAAUGGGUAGGUGAAGAAUCAGAGCUUAUUGAUGGAGAAGACUUGGAUUGGGGAAGUAUUGAGGAGCCAUUAGCCUCACAAAAUUUGGAAGAAGGUGUUAAUGUUGGUCUUGAUAUUGAUGAUGAUGGUGGUGACAAUGACAUUGACGAAAAUAUUUUGAGUAGCUUCGCUAAUGUUGAUCCUUUUUGUCUUAUUGAUGAAAAUGAAUGAUUACAGUUGGA